AUUGUCAUCACGUGGUUACGGGUCGUGCCGCAUCCGCGGCCGUUCGCAACAAUUAAUCUCGACAUAUCCCCUGGUGUCUGCCGUCAGGGAUGAACGACUUCCCAAGCCUGCUCCGCUCGGAGCAGAUGAGCUUGGUUCACCUUUUCAUUCCGAGGGAAGUAGCUCAUGACACUGUUGCGGAGUUAGGGGAGCUCGGUGAUGUUCAAUUUAGAGAUCUCAACCCGGACGUGAAUCCUUUCCAACGCUCAUUUGUUGGUGAAAUUCGAAGGAUUGACGAGAUGGCGCGCCGCGUUCGUUUUUUGAGUUCACAAAUUGAGAAAGAGCCCAACAUCCAUGUUCGGCCCUUGGAAGACUCUGUGCCACUCCUCACUGUUGGACCCAGUGCUCCCGCUACUAUCGAUGAGCUCGAAGUCAAGCUCGAGGAGCACGAGAGUCGAUUGCAGCAGAUGAAUGAGAGCUACCAAACCCUGAGCACCCGUGCCAGGGAACUAGCCGAGGCCAGACACGUUUUGCGGGAAACAGCCCAGUUUUUCGAUAGAGCUCAUGUUUCGGACGAGGGGAUCAGAAGAUCACUUGACGAUGGGACACAGCCUCUUCUCGCUGACCAAGAUGCUGACUUUCAAGGCACGCGUGAUGUGUCCUUCGACUUGGAAUUUGUUGCUGGGACUAUUGAUCGCUCUCGCAUCUCUACUUUGGAGCGAGUCCUCUGGCGAGUCCUUCGUGGCAAUUUGUACAUGAACCACACCGACAUUGAGGAGGUGUUCGUGGAUCCCUCCACCGGAGACGAGAUUCGCAAGAAUGUCUUCAUUAUUUUCGCUCACGGAGAACAGAUUCUUGCCAAGAUUCGUAAGGUGGCGGAGUCAAUGGGUGGGACACUGUAUCCGAUUGACUCGAAUGUGGAUAAACGCUCUCAAGCAUUGAGGGAUGUGACCGCCCGUCUGGAAGACAUCAACGCAGUUCUGUACAGCACCGGAUUUACGCGCCACUCAGAGCUUUCGCGUAUUGCUGAGACAAUCGCUGGCUGGCGGGACGCUGUGCAUAAAGAGAAGAUCAUCUGGUCCACUCUCAAUCUCUUCCGUUAUGAUCCGCGGCAAAAAGUUCAAGUCGCUGAGGCUUGGAUUCCAUCACGGGACAUUACUAUCAUUCAACAGGCUCUCAGACGAGCAACUGAGACCGCGGGAACAAACAUACCCCCCAUCCUCCAGGAGAUCCGCACGCACGGCCAACCCCCCACAUUCCACCGCACGAACAAGUUUACCGAAGGCUUCCAGGCAAUAAUUGAUGCGUAUGGCGUUGCUUCAUACCAGGAAGUUAAUCCGGGUUUGUUCGCUGUGGUUACAUUUCCCUUUCUGUUCGCAGUCAUGUUUGGCGAUCUUGGACACGGGUUUAUUGCAACGAUUACCGCGAUUGGUAUGAUCUUGUUCGAGAAGCAGAUCGCGAAGACACAGAUUCAUGAGAUUCUCGAAAUGUUUUUCUAUGGCCGGUAUCUGGUCCUCCUCAUGGGCCUUUUAUCCAUGUACACUGGGUUCAUCUACAACGACAUCUUUUCCAAGUCAUUGAACAUAUUUGGGUCUGCAUGGGAAUUUACUGGCAAUGGUACAGCAAAAGCCAUUGGUGGAACAUAUCCUAUUGGCUUGGACCCCGCUUGGAACGGUUCGGAAAAUUCGUUAAUCUUCACCAACUCCUACAAGAUGAAGAUGUCCAUUAUCCUCGGUGUCAUUCAUAUGACCUUUGCGAUCUGUCUUCAGGUACCAAAUCAUAUACACUUCAAGAAGCGAUCGAACAUAUGGACCGACUUCGUGCCCCAAAUCCUGUUCUUGCAUUCCAUUUUCGGCUACCUUGUCUUUUGCAUAAUUCUGAAAUGGUGCACUGAUUGGGAGAAGGCAACCACGCGGCCACCCAACCUGCUCAACAUGCUUAUUGCAAUGUUUCUUUCACCUGGCACGGUGGAGCCGUCCGAACAACUCUUCCCCAGUCAAUCAGGCGUUCAAGUAGUGUUGGUACUGUUAGCGCUCAUAUGCAUUCCAUGGAUGCUUUGCGUCAAACCUUACCGGGAGUGGAAAGAGUUGAAGCGAUUAGAGGCGGAGGGCUACCGGGCCGUCAAUGAUGGUGAUGACGAGCUACGGACCAAUGGUCGGAGUUCUUUAGAUUUGGGUACGGAGGAAGCCGCAAAUCCGGCUGAUGGUCAUGGCAGUGCUGAUCAUGAUGAGCAUAGUGGAGAGCAUGAGGAAUUCGGCGAAGUAGUCAUUCACCAAGUCAUUCACACUAUCGAGUUCUGUCUAGGCUGCAUUUCUAAUACGGCCUCUUACCUCCGGCUAUGGGCCCUGUCAUUAGCGCACGCGCAACUCUCCGAGGUGUUGUGGGAAAUGACAAUUGAAGGAGCAUUCGAAGGAGAAGGAGUGUCCGGCGUUAUAUUCCUGGUCAUCACAUUCGGGAUGUGGUUUGUGCUAACUAUUUUUAUCCUUUGUGUCAUGGAGGGUCUCUCCGCGUUUCUCCAUGCUCUUAGAUUGCACUGGGUGGAAGCGAACGGGAAGCACUACGCUGCGGAAGGAUACGCUUUUACACCCUUGACUUUCACUACUCCCACCGACGAGGUGUGA